ACAAGUAUUCACCUCAUGAUCUGAGAGCAAGAAGAUAAAUCAUGUGCAGGAAUAUCCCCUCAAAUGUCUCCAUAUAACAUCCUGGAAUUGUAUAGAAUUAAAUGUUUAUUCACAAUACAGGUUCCUAUAAGGGGUCAGGACGUGGCGGUCUAUUUCUCCAUGGAGGAGUGGGAGUAUGUAGAAGGACACAAGGAUCAGUACAAGGAUCAGGUCAUGAUGGAGGAUCAGCAGCCCCUCACAUCAUCAGUCAGAUCCAGUAAGAGAACAGCACCAGAGAGGUGUCCCAGUCCUCUUGAUGAACAGAAUAUGGAGGACAUUAGUACAGGGAAAGAUCUCAUCUAUAUUAAUUCUACAGCUAUAAAGGAAGAAGAAGAGACAGAUGUGAGCGGUGAUGAGCAGUAUAAGGAGAACAUUCCUACAGGGAAAGAUCUGAUCUAUAUUAAUGUUACAGACAUAAAGGAAGAACAAGAGACAUAUGUAAGCAGUGAUGAGCAGUAUAAGGAGGACAUUUCUACAGGGAAAGAUCUUAUCUAUAUUUAUGCUACAGACAUAAAGAAAGAAGAAGAGACAGAUGUGAGCGGUGAUGAGCAGUAUAAGGAGGACAUUCCUACAGGGAAACAUCUGAGCUCUAUUAAUGCUACAGACCUAAAGGAAGAAGAAGAGACAGAUGUAAGCAGUGAUGAACAGUAUAAGGAGGGCAUUUCUACAGGGAGAGAUCUGCUCUAUAUUAAUGCUACAGACAUAAAGAAAGAAGAAGAGACAGAUGUGAGCAGUGAUGAGCAGUAUCAGGAGGGCAUUUCUACAGGUAACUGCACAGAUUCUUGUAGCAGGAGAUCAGAGGAGAAUCUUAUAUCUUCAGAUUAUAAAGCAGAUGAUGAUAUCACACAAGAUACAUAUGAAGAACAUUCCAUUAUCCCAGAUACACCCUCAGCCCUUCACAGCCAAGAUCUGUCAUCUCAUCCUUAUAUACAGGUCCUGUCUUCUCAUUCAUCACAGGAUGUUCAGCUAAAUAAAAGUCACAGAAGGGGUGUUGGACAUCAACGAGCUCAUACAGGAAAGAAACCAUAUUCAUGCUCAGAAUGUGGGAAAUGUUUUACUAAGAAAUCAGAUCUUGUUAAACAUCAAAUAACUCACACAGUGGAGAAGCCAUUUUCAUGUUCAGAAUGUGGGAAAUGUUUUCCUUUUAAAUCAGGUCUUGUUAUACAUCAAAGAACUCACACAGGAGAGAAGCCAUUUUCAUGUUCAGAAUGUGGAAAAUGUUUUAGUCAGAAAUCAGACCUUGUUCAUCAUCAAAGAACUCACACAGGAGAGAAGCCAUUUUCAUGUUCAGAAUGUGGGAAAUGUUUUCCUUUUAAAUCAGGUCUUGUUGUACAUCAAAUAACUCACACAGGGGAGAAGCCAUUCUCAUGUUCAGAAUGUGGAAAAUGUUUUAGUCUUCAAUCAAAUCUUGUUCAACAUCAAAGAACUCACACAGAGGAGAAGCCAUUUUUAUGUUCAGAAUGUGGGAAAUGUUUCUCUCACAAAUCAAGUCUUGUUAAACAUCAAAUAUCUCACACAGAGGAGAAGCCAUUUUCAUGUGCAGAGUGUGGGAAACAUUUUACCCAGAAAUCCUAUCUUGUUGAACAUCAAAGAACUCACACAGGGGAGAAGCCAUUUUCAUGUGCAGAAUGUGGGAAAUGUUUUGUUCAGAAAUCCGAUCUUGUUAAACAUCAAAGAACUCACACAGGGGAGAAGCCAUUUUCAUGUGCAGAAUGUGGGAAAUGUUUUACUCAGAAAUCAGACCUUGUUGUACAUCAAAGAACUCACACAGGAGAGAAGCCAUUUUCAUGUUCAGAAUGUGGGAAAUGUUUUACUCAGAAAUCAGAUCUUGUUCAUCAUCAAAGAACUCACACAGGAGAGAAGCCAUUUUUAUGUUCAGAAUGUGGGAAAUGUUUCUCUCACAAAUCAAGUCUUGUUAAACAUCAAAGAUCUCACACAGAGGAGAAGCCAUUUUCAUGUGCAGAGUGUAGGAAACUUUUUACCCAGAAAUCCUAUCUUGUUGAACAUCAAAGAACUCACACAGGGGAGAAGCCAUUUUCAUGUGCAGAAUGUGGGAAAUGUUUUGCUCAGAAAUCAGAUCUUGUUAAACAUCAAAGAACUCACACAGGGGAGAAGCCAUUUUCAUGUGCAGAAUGUGGGAAAUGUUUUACUCAGAAAUCAGACCUUGUUGUACAUCAAAGAACUCACACAGGAGAGAAGCCAUUUUCAUGUCCAGAAUGUGGGAAAUGUUUUUGUUUUAAAUCAGGUCUUGUUGUACAUCAAAUAACUCACACAGGAGAGAAACCCUUUCCAUGUUCAGAAUGUGGAAAAUGUUUUAUUCAGAAAUCAGACCUUGUUGUACAUCAAAGAACUCACACAGGAGAGAAGCCAUUUUCAUGUGCAGAAUGUGAAAAAUGUUUUGCUGAUAAAUCACAUCUUGUCAGACAUCAAAGGAUUCACACAGGAAAGAAAUAUUUUAUGAGUCAGGGAGAAGAUCUGAACAAUAUUAAUGCUUCAGAGACAGAUGUGAGCAGUGAUGAGCAGUAUAAGGAGGACAUUCCUACAGAGAAAGAUCUUAUCUAUAUUAAUGCUACAGACAUAAAGGAAGAAGAGACAGACGUGAGCGGUGAUGAGCAGUAUAAGGAGGACAUUCCUACAGGGAAAGAUCUGAUCUAUAUUAAUGCUACAGACAUAAAGGAAGAAGAGACAGACGUGAGCGGUGAUAAGCAGUAUAAGGAGGACAUUCCUACAGGGAAAGAUCUGAUCUAUAUUAAUGCUACAGACAUAAAGGAAGAAGAAGAAGAGACAGAUUUGAGCGGUGAUGAGCAGAAUGAGAAGGAAAUUCCUACAGGGAACUGCCCAGAUGACUGUACCAGGAGACCAGAGGAGAAUCUUAUAUCUUCAGAUUAUAAAGCAGAUGAUGAUAUCACACAAGAUACAUAUGAAGAACAUUCCAUUAUCCCAGAUACACCCUCAGCCCUUCACAGCCAAGAUCUGUCAUCUCAUCCUUAUAUACAGGUCCUGUCUUCUCAGUCAUCACAGGAUGUUCAGCAAAAUAAAGGUCACAGAAGGGGUGUUGGACAUCAACGAGCUCAUACAGGAAAGAAAGCAUAUUCAUGCUCAGAAUGUGGGAAAUGUUUUCCUUUUAAAUCAAGUCUUGUUACACAUCAAAGAACUCACACAGGAGAGAAGCCAUUUUCAUGUUCAGAAUGUGGGAAAUGUUUUAAUCAGAAAUCAAUUCUUGUUGUACAUAAAAGAACUCACACAGGAGAGAAGCCCUUUUCAUGUUCAGAAUGUGGGAAAUGUUUUACUUUUCAAUCAAGUUUUGUUAAACAUCAAAGAACUCAUACAGGAGAGAAGCCAUUUUCAUGUUUAGAAUGUGGAAAAUGUUUUGCUCAGAAAUCAGAUCUUGUUAAACAUCAAAGAACUCACACAGGGAAGAAGCCAUUUUCAUGUUCAAAAUGUGGGAAAUGUUUUACUCAGAAACCACAUCUUGUUGUACAUCAAAUAACUCACACAGGAGAGAAGCCAUUUUCAUGUUCAAAAUGUGGGAAAUGUUUUACACAGAAGUCAAGUCUUCAUCAGCAUCAAAGAAAAGAACUCACACAGGGGAGAAGUCAAUUCAGAGGAAUAAUUGAUGCAGAUAACACAUCUAUAUAUUCAUUGGUCUGUGCAGCAUGGUGGAUUGACCAGGAUCUGUCAAACUCGAUGACUGCCUUGGCUGGAGCACUGAUGGGUUCAUAUGAAGCUCUCACUAACUCACUAUACAGGUACCAUUCUCGUUCCUCUUAUCCUCUUCCCUUGCAAACUAUAGCUAAAGUGUGGUCCCUGGUGUUGAGUAAAUUUCCGCAGCCUUUGGUGUCUCCUAGGGCAUUCCUGUGGGGGAAUGUACAUUUACCUCACCUUCAUGGGUUACAGGAGGCCCGUUUCUGGGGUUCUCAUGGAGUCAGGUUCGUGAUUCACUUGCUCCGAGAGGAUCAGGAUUUCUUGUCCUUUGCAGAAAUGAAAGAACGUUAUGGUGUCCCUGGCAGUGCCUUUUAUAGGUAUCUUCAGCUGAGGCAGGCGGCUCAAGCACAAUUUGGCUCCCUGACAUUUACCCCUGUGCUUUCUGAGGUGGAGAUUCUCCUGGGCACUGCAGAUCUCACUAAACCCCUUACCCAGUCCUAUGCUCUCCUUCAGACACUGGGGCCUAGCCUGUUCUCGAAUGCUUAUCAUAAAUGGGUGGCUGAUAUUCCUGAUCUGUCUGAGCGCCAGUGGAAGGAAGUUGAGGGCUCAUGUUACUCCCCGGUGCUUCUAUAUAAGAGAAUUCUCCUGGAUGACCCAUCAACCAUGGAGAGAGACAGGAACAAGAUGGCCGACAGGAUCAUAAACCUCACCCUACAGAUACUCUUCCGGCUUACUGGAGAGGAUUACACAGUAGUGAAGAAGUCAUCUAGUGGGCGCUGUUGGGCCCCUGUGUGUGAAGGAUGGGGAAGAUUCCCGGGGCCCCCACCUCACUCCCUGAUACAUGAGGAAAUGGAUGAACAGAAGAUCCGAGAACUCAUCAACAAGAUGAUGGAGCUGCUGACUGGAGAGGUUCCUAUAAGGUGUCAGGACGUGGCGGUCUAUUUCUCCAUGGAGGAGUGGGAGUAUGUAGAAGGACACAAGGAUCAGUACAAGGAUCAGGUCAUGAUGGAGGAUCAGCAGCCCCUCACAUCACCAGUCAGAUCCAGUAAGAGAACAGCACCAGAGAGGUGUCCCCGUCCUCUUCUUCCAAAGGAUGAUCAGGGAGAAGAUCCGAAUAAUAUUAAUGCUCCAGAGACAGAUGUGAGCGGUGAUGAGCAGUAUAAGGAGGACAUUCCUACAAAGAAAGAUCUGAUCUUUAUUAAUGCUACAGACAUGAAGGAAGAACAAGAGACAUAUGUGAGCGGAAAUGAACAGUAUAAGGAGGACAUUCCUACAGGGAAAGAUCUGAUCUAUUCUACAGACAUAAAGGAUGAAGAAGAGACAUAUGUGAGUGGUGAUGAGCAGUUUAAGGAGGACAUUCCUACAGGAAAAGAUAUGGACAAUAAUAAUGCUACAGACAUGAAGGAAGAAGAAGAGACAGAUGUGAGCGGUGAUGAACAGUAUAAGGAGGACAUUCCUACAGGUAACCGUCCAGAUGACCGUACCAGGAGAUCAGAGGAGAAUCUUAUAUCUUCAGAUUAUAAAGCAGAUGAUGAUAUCACACAAGAUACAUAUGAAGAACAUUCCAUUAUCCCAGAUACACCCUCAGCCCUUCACAGCCAAGAUCUGUCAUCUCAUCCUUAUAUACAGGUCCUGUCUUCUCACUCAUCACAGGAUGUUCAGCAAAAUAAAGGUCACAGAAGGGGUGUUGGACAACAACGAGCUCAUACAGGAAAGAAACCAUAUUCAUGCUCCGAAUGUGGGAAAUGUUUUACUAAGAAAUCAAGCUUUGUUGAUCAUCAAAAAACGCACACAGGAGAGAAGCCGUUUUCAUGUUCAGAAUGUGGGAAAUGUUUUACUAAGAAAUCAUAUAUUGUUACACAUCAAAGAACUCACACAGGGGAAAAGCCAUUUUCAUGUGCAGAGUGUGGAAAAAGUUUUGCUGACAAAUCAGCUCUUGGUUAUCAUCAAAAAACUCACACAGGGGAGAAGCCAUUUCCAUGUUUAGAAUGUGGAAAAUGUUUUGCUCAGAAAUCAGAUCUUGUUAAACAUCAGAGAACUCACACAGGGGAGAAGCCAUUUUCCUGUUCAGAAUGUGAAAAAUGUUUUACUGAGAAAUCAAGUCUUGUUCAUCAUCAAAAAACUCACACAGGGGAGAGGCCAUUUUCAUGUUCAGAAUGUGGAAAAUGCUUUACUUGGAAAUCACGUCUUGUUAAUCAUCAGAGAACCCACACUGGGGAGAAGCCAUUUUCAUGUUCAGAAUGUGGGAAAUGUUUUACUGAGAAAGCAACACUUAAAAAACAUAUAAGAACUCACACAGGAGAGAAGCAAAUUCAGAGCAAUAUAUGAUGCAGAUAACACAUCUAUAUAUUAACCAUGUACAUAGGAUAUCUGACAUUUAUACAUAUAUCAUAUACUGCAGGGGUCUCAAACUGGCGGCCCUCCAGAUGUUGCAAAACUUCAACUCCCAGCAUGCCUGUGAGGGGAGUCAACUUGUUAUACGUAUUCAUAUAACCUUUUAUAAUAAUCCUUUAUAUGAUUAUACACCAUGUCUAUAGUCCACCAUCUUGUCUAUGUUCCUUCAUUAUGAACUGAGUGUGAACUUUACCAGAAUUAUAACCAGGAAACUUGUAAACAAGAACCACAACUGCUGAGCGUACAGAAAACUCCAAGGCUACUGAGUCUGGCUAUCAUACUUAUAAUGCAAUAUAAUUCGCGUUCGGGAGCUGGCAAGGAUGAUAGGGAUAGAAAUAACACCGAUUGUGGAGACCAGGGUAUGGUGACUCCUAGAAUGCUUUUCAUUAGCCCGGCGCAGGUAUACCAGAAGGGUUGGACAAUAGGGCACGUCCAUAGCACAUGAUACAGUGUGCCCCUGUGUCCACAACCUCGCCAACAUGUAUCUGGGACAGACUGGUAAAAAAUAGCUAGCUUGUCUGGAGUAUGAUACCAGCGUAAGAUUGUUUUAUAGGCCGAUUCUACGUGUGAGGA